UCGUGCGCGCUCCCCGUUCGCGAGAGCGCGGACUUCGUGGUCGGGUGCGCGCGGUUUCUGUUUCCAGUGUCGCGCUCUGGCCGCCCGCUCUGGCCGAACCGAACGUGAUGUCACCGCAGCUCGUGUGAAGCAACGCGCAAGGGGCGCGUUUGCACCUGCACCGCGUCAUCCAGCCGUCACUUUUCCUUUUCCUUUUCCCUGCCUUUCGUCGACAUUUCUCGCGCUUCACAUGUUCGAAUGCCGCUGCCUCCCCAUGUCGGCCUGCCGGAACCUGGGGCUGCCGCGCGCCCUGCUGUACGGCUUCAACGCGCUCUGGUGUCUCCUGGUCGUGGCUUCCGUGGGCCUGGGCUCGGCGUUGCAUCAGGGUUACUACUUCAUCAGCAUCGGCUGCGUCGUACUUAUCGUGGCAACUUGCGGUGCCUACAACAUCUACCGCACAUGCAGCGAACAUCAGCAGGCCAUAGAUGCGUUGGCGGCCGCAGCCCCGGAUGUGAUCUGCUGCGGUCCGCCGCCGUCCUACGAAGAGGCUGUGAUUGGGCAGACCGACGAGCCGCCCGAUUACGCGGAAGUGAUGCGCAUGCAGUGCUUGACGAAGCAGCGACAGCAGGCCAGCGCUGCUGAGUCACAGCACCUGCUCCCCUGCGACUUGAACUCGUUCGGUGUCCGAGACGAGAAAUAGCGGUACGGAACAUGAACUGCAGUACCGUGGCCUGACUUUGACUCGCUUGGUGCGCGUGUGCUUAUGCGUGUGGUCCUCGGCGGAGCUGGCUCCGUCCUCUAUAAGCCACAGUACACAACGAGUUCAGCCGUGUGAUACGUUGGCCGUUAAAAGUUGGUUAUCACCAACUGUGAGAAAAAAAAUAACCAACAGUCAGUGAAAGGAACUUAUAAGACCAAGGACACCGAGCAGAUCCAUGCACAUUCUUGGCGUUUUCCACCUAUACUUUUGUUUGGCUGUUUACAUUUGUGAACAAUCGUUCAACGUAAUCAAGAUAAUUUCAUCUCUUCUGUGAAUCCACAAUAUAAAAUUAUACAAUCGUCACUUGACCCUAAACUCCCUCCCCUCGUCUAUGAAUAUUUCGGCGACAUUUAAGUCGAAGCAAACUUUGCGCCCGUCAAUCGCUUUCCGUCCCCUAGUUUUCGGAGGCAAAAUAGCCCAUUUUUGUUUGAUGGACAUAAUUGAAUCGGCUCAGAACAUAGCGAUUAAUUCUUCCCCAUUUUAAUUUUUAAGCAACAUCUCAACCAAAGUACAAAGGUAGUGAACGUUGCAGCUGUUCUGUCGAUAGCUCAUAUGGGUCCAUUUACGUGACACGUAUUAAGAGUGUCGUACAAAAAAGCUCACCGGCUGCUCUCUGUUGACUUCACGGAAUGAAGUUAAUGUACAAAGCUGAACUAACCACACUGUGUGCAAAUAUGUAUUAUGUAGGUAUUCUCAAGAUGUGGAGAAAGGGACGGUAGCGGCCAUUCGUCAGUGACAGACGCUAUGCGUCAGUGACAGACGCUAUGCCAGUGCCAAGGGGCGGUUGUGUAAGUACUGUUCCUCUCGAGAGGUCCCUCGAUUCGAGCACAUGGAUCGUGCGAAUCGCAGUGUUCCAGGUGUGACUCUUCGAUGCAGCGCGCCUUAUGUAGUACAGCGACAAAGAGGCACCCUUUCAGAGGCAGUUCCUUAUAUAAAUAUAUUCUUCACGCGAGUGCCUGAUGUGUUUGCAUCUCGCCAAUCGCUUGUGAUUUGCAAAUUAGUACGGUCCGAUUGCAAGCUUGUUGUGUCAUGUAAGGUAAUCCGGGGAUAGACAUUAGUGGGAGGUUGUUAUUCAUUAGCAUCGUAGAAGUAUUAUUAAUGCGUACACCAAGAACGAUUCGAGCGUGCUAGGCUGAAAUGUAUUUUUAAAGUUAUAACGACGCCUGUAAAAGGUAAUGGUAAAUCCGAAUCAACAGCGCAAAAGAUCGAGUGAUGUAACCGCUGAUUUUACUCGUGUGCGUGGAACCGACCUCGCUGCUCUCAACAGUCCGACCGAACAGAGCCAUAAUGUGUAAUUAGCCAGCAUUUAGGCAAAUAAACUUUUUGAAGAGUAACUCUUUGGCUGAUCGAUAAAGCAGCGUUUAAUGCAGCGUCCAAAGGAAGGUUUUGAGGCGUUCUUGAUUCCGCAAUUGACCAUGAUUCAGUGGCGUAGCCGAGGGGGGGGGGGUCACACCGGGCGCGUGCCCCCCCCCCCCCCCCGAAAAUUUUUUCCCAUGGGAUACAGAGCACAAGAUGACACUCGACCCCACUUAUCUGCCAAGACCAA